UGCAGAGGUCUGCUCUUGAAAAAUAGGAGGCUGCCACUGCAGGGACAUCGGAUGACAGUUGACAGAUACUUACAGGCAACGUAAGAAAUUACGUUGAGCCUCUGUUUCCGGACUGCAAAAUCAACCCGCCGGCUGCGUCACUCAUCAUAAAACGUACGCAUCCGGAGAGGACUGGGUACCGUUAUGCUCUACGACCUCAACAUUGCCUGGUCACCGGGCACUUCGGCUUCUGACCUCGAGCGCACUCUCAAGUUUGCCAAACACCUCGGCUACGAUGUAGUCGCUCUGAACCACCUGAUUUCGGGGCCCAUACCCACCCUCCCGAACGCCAUAACCAACCCAAUCCCACAACUCACCCCGCCGCACUCCUCCUACCCAGGCAGGGGCUACUCAUCGUCAAUACCAUCAUCCACAGCCUCCUCGCUGCCCGCAUCCUCUUCAUCCUCCUCCCUCCCCACGGCCCUCCGCCGCGCAACGCUAACCAUCACCGACCCGUCCACCACAAACUACCGCCUGCCCGACUACGGACGCGCCUACGACCUGGUCGCGCUGCGGCCGACGUCGGACAAGUCCUUUUCCUGGGCAUGCCUAUCGACAAGCGAACCGCCCGCGCUCAUCUCCCUGGACCUGUCCUCCCAUUUACCAUUCCACAUCCACCACCGGACGGUUAUGGCGGCGGUGCAACGAGGCGUGCGCUUCGAGAUUUGCUACGCCCAGGCCUUCGCCUCCUCCUCGUCUUCUUCAAAUAGCAGCGAAGCGGCGCGGCAGCGGGCCAACUUCAUUGGCAACGCGCAGUCGCUGAUCCGAGCGACCAAAGGGCGAGGGAUUGUCGUCAGCAGCGAGGCGCGCGGCGCGCUCGGCCUGCGCGGCCCCGCCGACGUGGUCAACCUGCUCGCCGUCUGGGGGCUGGGGCCCGAGAGGGGGUUCGCGGCGCUCGGGGAGACGGCGCGGGCCGUGGUGGUUAACGAGGGCAUCAGGCGGCGCGGCUUCAGGGGCGUGGUGGAUAUUGUGCGCCCUGCUGAGGGCGGUGGUGGUGGUGAGAAGGGGCGAGACAGGAAAGGUCCGCAAGGAGGGGAGGCCGAGGAUGGGAAGGCGGCAGGAAAGAAGCAACAGCAGCAGCAGGGACAAAAGAGGAAGAAUGGGGCUGGGAAUGGUGGGAAUACUCCUGGUGGUGCGGGUAAACAGACGGAGAUGAGCAGGCAACAAGCGAAGAAGAUGAAGAGGGAUACAUUGCCAGCGAAGUCCUAAGCUGGACAUUAUAUCAUACUUCGCGAACUGGUCGCUGCCGAUACGAGAACAUGAUACCCCCAUUCGGAGACGUGUCCAACGGCCCUAGCAAAGAACACGAGCGGGCAAGGUGGUAAACUUUGAGGCUUGCUCAUCUAAUGUUUGAAUACGGCAAGAAACGAAGUGUGGCUCCCACCGGUAGAGCGGUAUACAAGAGCUAUGUACAAUAUAUUUGCGCCCCGGUCCCUGGGCAUUCUCCAACACUCGACGCCAAACCAAUUACAUACAACUAACAAUACCACCGCACAUCAGCUGCCGGUACAGUAUCCAAAA